AUGCUAAAAUCAUGGUGUUGUAAACUCAAAGCAAAACACGGAACACAAGUGUUGGCAGUGGUGGGAGAGAAGAAAACACAACAAUUCGAAGCAACCGGAUCCCAAAUCACUUGAUUUUUCAUAAUUCAGCCCCAUUAGAACCCUUGCGCGAUCCAUUUGCAUAGUCUCAUUCGUUAUCUGGAGAACUUAGGGAACUGGAUUAUGUAUUUUUCUCCUAAAUUCCAGCGUUUAAGGUACAGUUCAUUUGAUUCAUUUCAGGCGUCCCCAAUUGCAAUCCGGCGACCCGACCGGUCAGAUCUAAUGGUAUCCAUGCCUCCUAGUUGUCCCUUGUGUCGAGAGAUCAUAAAAUUGAGGUCCUGUUAAUGUUUCACGAUUGAAUUUAUUUGAUUUAUCGUGCGAUGAAACUCAAAUUUGAUAUAAGGUUGCAUGAUCCGAGCUGCGGAGAGCGAAAUUGAAGUUUACCUAAUCGUAGGAAAUUUUAUCAAUUGGUUUUAAGAGGUUAUGCAGUUACAUAAAUGUAUCCAAUGUGCACAUCAAGCGUACACGUCUCCGAUUGAGGAUUUUGAGUAAUUGAUCCAUCAAUGGUGAUUUGGUUUGAAAUUUUGAGGAAAAGGGCAUAGAAGUUAGGGAGAUUCAGUAUUAUGAAAAACGGGAUGAUAGAGAUACAGUGCAGUGUCUGUCAUUCCAAAUUGGUAUCCACGAAGGCUGUCUCAAGGGCUUAUGAUAGACACCGGAGCAAGAUCUCCAAGAAACACAGGGCACUCAAUGUUCUCUUGGUUGUUGGUGACUGUAUGUUAGUUGGUUUACAGCCAAUAUUGGUGUAUAUUUCCAAGGUGGAUGGGAAGUUCAAGUUUAGCCCCAUCAGUGUUAACUUCUUGACUGAAAUUGCAAAGGUUAUUUUUGCAUUGGUUAUGCUUCUAAUCCAGUCUAGAAAUCAGAAGAUAGGAGAAAAACCACUUCUUUCAUUCUCCACUUUUAUACAAUCAGCCCGCAACAACAUGCUUCUUGCUGUUCCAGCACUUCUUUAUGCUAUCAAUAACUACUUAAAGUUCAUCAUGCAGCUCUAUUUCAAUCCAGCAACUGUAAAGAUGCUGAGCAAUCUGAAGGUUUUGGUAAUUGCAAUUUUGUUAAAGAUAAUAAUGAAGCGACAAUUUUCCAUUAUUCAGUGUGAGGCUCUUGCUCUGUUGCUUAUUGGAAUCAGCAUAAAUCAAAUGCAAGCUUUACCUGAGGGAAGUAGUAGAAUGGAUGUGCCACUUGAAAUGGGUGCAUAUAUCUACACAUUCAUUUUUGUGACUGUUCCUUCUUUGGCUUCUGUCUUCAAUGAAUAUGCACUGAAAAGUCAAUAUGACACAAGCAUAUACCUUCAGAAUUUGUUUUUGUAUGGAUAUGGUGCUAUAUUCAAUUUUCUUGGGAUACUUGGAACAGUUGUUAUCAAAGGCCCUGAAAGCUUUGAUAUUUUGCAUGGACAUUCAAAAGCGACAAUGCUUUUGAUUAUAAACAAUGCAGGGCAAGGAAUUUUAUCCUCAUUUUUCUUCAAAUAUGCAGAUACAAUUUUAAAAAAAUAUUCAUCAACUGUUGCAACAAUCUUCACAGGCUUUGCAUCUGCUGCUUUGUUUGGUCAUACUUUGACUAUAAAUUUCAUGCUAGGAAUUUCUAUUGUUUUCAUUUCAAUGCACCAGUUCUUUUCCCCUAUUUCAAAAGUUAAGGAAGAAGAAACCAGAGUGAUGGAAUUGGAACCUGUUAAAAGCAACAACAGGUCAAAAGACUCGAAUUUCAUUAAUAUAACAGCAGGUGCUAACGAGGAGGCUAGUCAUCGUGUAGAUUCUGAUGCAAGACAACCACUUCUUCCUACUUAAGUCAACAGUUGACUUUUGAAAUGAAAGAAGAUAAUUUGAAUAAAAAUAUGAGUUAUUUUGGUUAGUAGAUUAUUGUUGAUAUAACUUAUAAGUAUAAGUUGUGUUUUUGAAGGUGAAAGAGAGAUUAGAUAGAGAAGAGAAGAUGUAAUUACCCAAACGUGAA